ACUGUCAACUUCUGCGUCAGCUUUAUAAGAGUCAACUCUAAAUGAAACCAAGCUCCAUUGACUAGAGGGAAAUCAUAUUGCAAAAUAAAACAGAAACGACACAUAAGGAAACUACAUGAAACAGAAAAGGAAUCAGUAAAAUUAACAGAAUGAAAAUGGGUGUGCUGAUUACCUCUCUGCUUCUGCUUGGCAUUGUAUUUGGUGAGAAGGACCAAAUUAACCCCAUGUUUAGCAGAGGACUUCGAAUUAUUGUGGAAGUUCCACGUGUUAUUGUUGAUCAUCCGGUGACUCCAAAUGUGCACCUUCUUCUACCUGUCAGAGUUCAGAGGAAGCCCUCUGAGACAGUCACACUUGCAUGUGUCAUCACUGGAUUACAGUCCAAAGCAGUAAAGAUCACAUGGAUAGUAAACGGAGAAACAGGCUCCAAAAAACAUGCCAGCACACCACAGGUGCACAGAGAGCCUGGAGGUACAUUCACUGCUGUGGGACUGUUCUCAGUUCUGUCUCAUAAAUGGAGUCGUGAGAAUAUGUAUGAGUGUAAGGUAACAUACAGAGGAGCCUUUUACUAUGAUAAGGUACAGUCUUCUCUCUGCAGUCCUCCUGAUAUAUUUUAAUUUCUCCCUUGGCUAAAGCCUUUCUGAUUCAUUCUAUUUUGUGUAUGAUACAGCCCUGUAAGUAAGAUGAGUCAUUGUGUUUUUCAUAUAGUGAGUGCUGUGUCUUCCAUUUUUAAAGUAUGUUAUUUUGAUUUUUGGCUGCACGUCCUCUUUUGCUGGUUGACUUUCUGCUUUUACAUGUAUUAUACAAACAAGAGAUAACAGCUUAUUAUUAAGUAAAACACAAGCUUAAUCUUCUACCUUGAAAAACAUGUGAUAGUAACUGUUUACAAAAUAAA